UGUAUAUAUACUUUUUAAUAAAACUGGCUUAGAGCCUUGGAUGAGAUACGAAGAUGACCACAGAAGUUAUUCCAGCAAUGGCUUUCGUUGGGAGCUUAAAUGUGGGGUUCUCAUGGAUUUGUGAAGGAGAAAUCGGUUUGGGUUCUUACUGCAUUCAAAGGACAAUCAUAGAUGGUGUAAAUCUGCUCUUCCUCUGUACUUUCUACCUAUUUUUCCUCAUAGGAUUUAUAGGAAAACGUUAUGCCCGAAGUAGCAAUGAAAAAGAUUGGAUCUUGGUAGUGGUUUCCAUCUGUUGUGCUCUUUGCAGCAUUGUUUAUGUUACUGCCGGUAUAUGGAAUCUAACGGCCAGAAAUGACGAGUUCAAUCAAAUGAGCUGGCUGGUUUACUUCGUUAGAGGACUGGUUUGGAUCUCUUUUACAGCAUCUUUGCUUGUUCAAUGGUCAAAAUCCAUCAGGGUUCUAAACUCUGUUUGGUGGGUGCUGUCCUUUGCAUUGGUUUCAGCUCUGAAUAUCGAAGUUCUGCUAAGAUCACGUAGCAUUGAGAUUUUGGACAUGGUGCCUUGGCCUAUUAACUUUUUGCUUUUCCUUUGUGCACUUAGGAAUCUCUGUCACUUUGUUUCUCGACAUAACCUAGACAGCAGUCAAGCUGAACCUCUACUAGCCAAAAAGAUUGAGAAAAACCAAACAGAUUUAGGCCAGGCCAGUGUUCUUAGCAAAUUGUCAUUUUCUUGGAUCAAUCCUUUACUAAGCUUGGGCUACUCAAAACCAUUAGCUCUUGAAGACAUUCCUUCUUUAGUUUCCAAAGAUGAAGCCAACUUUGCCUACCAAAAGUUUGCUCAUGCAUGGGAUUCUCUAUCAAGGGAGACGAGCUCGAACAAAACUCGGAACUUGGUUUUACGUGCCAUUGCAAAAGUUUACUUGAAAGAAAAUAUGUACAUAGGAUUUUGUGCAUUUCUUAGGACAAUUUCUGUAGUUUGUGCACCUCUAAUACUCUUUGCUUUUGUAAAUUAUUCGAAUCGCAAUGAGAGGAAUCUGGAUGAAGGUCUAUCUAUUGUGGGAUGUCUAAUUCUUGUCAAGGUGGUUGAGUCUUUGUCUCAAAGGCACUGGUUCUUUGAUUCAAGGAGGUCAGGAAUGAGGAUGAGAUCCGCUCUAAUGGUGGCAGUCUACCAAAAGCAGUUAAAGCUUUCGUGUUUGGGAAGGAGAAGGCACUCAACUGGGGAGAUAGUGAAUUAUAUUUCAGUUGACGCCUAUCGAAUGGGUGAAUUUCCAUGGUGGUUGCAUUCAACAUGGAGCUUUGGAUUGCAGCUUUUCCUAGCCGUUGCCAUUCUUUUUGGGGUUGUGGGUCUUGGUGCUCUUCCUGGUUUAGUUCCUCUUCUCAUUUGUGGACUCAUCAACGUGCCUUUUGCAAAAGUACUACAGAAGUGUCAGUCUCAGUUUAUGAUUGCCCAAGAUUUGAGACUGAGAUCCACUUCUGAGAUCCUAAACAAUAUGAAGGUCAUAAAGUUGCAAUCAUGGGAAGAGAAAUUCAAGAAUUUGAUUGAAUCCCUCCGUGACGAUGAAUUCAAAUGGUUGGCUCAAGCACAGUUUAAAAAGGUUUAUGGCACCGUAUUGUAUUGGAUAUCUCCAACCGUCAUUUCUUCAGUAAUCUUCUUGGGUGUUGCCAUUUUCGACAGCGCCCCACUAAAUGCUAGCACCAUCUUUACAGUUCUUGCAACAUUGAGGAACAUGGGGGAGCCUGUCAGAAUGAUACCGGAGGCUCUUUCUGCUUUGAUCCAAGUGAAGGUAUCUCUGGAUCGUCUAAAUACUUUCCUGCUUGAUGAUGAGCUGAAAAAUGAUGAAAUAUGGAGAAUCCCCUUUCAGAAGUCGGAAAGGAGUGUAAAAAUACAAGAUGGCAAUUUCAGUUGGGACCCAGAAAAAUUGACUCCAACUCUAAGAGAAGUGAACUUAGAAAUAAGAUGGGGCCAGAAAGUUGCUGUUUGUGGGCCUGUGGGGGCUGGCAAAUCAUCAAUUCUUUAUGCUAUACUAGGGGAGAUACCCAAGAUUUCAGGAACAGUUAAUGUAUUCGGUUCCAUUGCUUAUGUUUCUCAAAAUUCUUGGAUCCAAAGUGGGACGAUUCGAGAUAACAUACUCUUUGGAAAGCCUAUGGACAAGACUAAAUAUGAGGAAGCCAUAAGAGCAUGUGCUCUAGACAAGGACAUCAACAGUUUCAGCCAUGGUGAUCUCACAGAAAUAGGUCAGAGAGGGCUUAACAUGAGUGGAGGACAGAAACAGAGGAUUCAACUUGCUCGAGCUGUAUACAAUGAUGCAGACACCUAUCUCCUCGACGACCCAUUUAGUGCAGUAGAUGCACAUACAGCUGCGACUUUGUUUAAUGACUGUGUCAUGGCUGCCCUGGAAAAAAAGACUGUCAUUCUAGUGACGCAUCAAGUGGAGUUUCUCUCAGAAGUCGAUAAAAUUCUGGUUAUGGAGGGUGGAGAAAUUACUCAAUCGGGAAGCUAUGAGGAGCUCUUGACAGCUGGGACAGCAUUUGAACAGCUCGUGAAUGCUCAUAGAGAUGCAAUGACUGGUUUGGGUCCUUCCGCUGAUACCAGUCAAGGAGAAUCUCAGAACGGAGAUAUAGUUCAGCCAGAGGAGGCUCAAAAGGAAAACAACGAGGGGGCAAUUACUGCGAAGGGUGUAGCAGGAGUACAACUAACAGAAGAAGAAGAAAUGGAGAUUGGUGAUGUUGGAUGGAAGCCAUUCUGGGAUUAUAUCCUUGUCCCAAGGGGAUUGCUUCUCUUUUGUUUAGGCAUAUUUAAUGUGUCUGGUUUUGUUGCUUUUCAGGCCGCUUCAACUUAUUGGCUGGCUGUAGGCAUUCAAAUUCCUAACAUCACUAGUGGCAUCUUGAUUGGAGUUUACGCUGCAAUUUCAACACUUAGUGCUGUCUUUGCAUAUCUAAGGUCUCUAUUUACAGCCCAUCUGGGAUUAAAAGCUUCUGCAACCUUCUUUUCUGGUUUCACCAAUGCCAUAUUUAAAGCUCCCAUGUUAUUCUUCGAUUCAACCCCUGUUGGGCGGAUUUUGACUCGAGCUUCAUCAGACUUGAGCAUUGUGGAUUUCGACAUACCUUUCUCCAUCAUCUUUGUUGUAGCUCCUAGUAUUGAACUUCUGGCCACGAUAGGAAUUAUGGCUGCCGUCACAUGGCAAGUUCUCAUUGUAGCUAUUCUUGCGGUAGUAGGUGCAAAAUACGUUCAGGGGUAUUAUCAAGCCUCUGCAAGGGAACUAAUAAGGAUCAAUGGAACUACAAAAGCACCAGUUAUGAAUUAUGCAGCUGAGACAUCACUUGGGGUGGUCACUAUUAGAGCUUUUAACAUGGCGGACAGGUUUUUCCAGAACUAUCAAAAGCUCAUUGACACAGAUGCGAGACUUUUCUUCUAUUCAAAUGUAUCCAUGGAGUGGUUAAUUAUAAGGAUCGAGUUUCUUCAGAAUUUGACCCUCUUCACUGCAGCUUUUCUUCUUGUUUUAGUUCCCAAGGGGUUUAUAGCUCCAGGACUUGUGGGGCUCUCUCUUUCUUAUGCUCUGUCACUAACAGGCACCCAAAUUUUUUUGACUCGAUGGUAUUGCUAUUUAUCAAACUACCUCAUCUCAGUGGAACGGAUCAAACAAUUCAUGCACAUACCACAGGAGCCUCCGGCAAUCGUUGAGGACAAGAGGCCACCAUCUUCAUGGCCUUCAAAGGGUAGGAUAGAGUUACAAGAUUUGACGAUAAAAUAUCGUCCAAAUGCCCCAUUAGUUCUUAAGGGAAUCACAUGCACAUUCAAAGAAGGGAGUAAAGUAGGAGUUGUGGGAAGAACUGGAAGCGGAAAAACUACACUAAUAAGUGCUUUGUUUCGUUUAGUAGAACCUGCAAGUGGGAAAAUUCUUGUAGAUGGACUAGAUAUAUGCUCCAUGGGUCUGAAGGAUUUAAGAAUGAAACUCAGCAUCAUACCUCAAGAGCCAACUCUUUUCAGGGGUAGCGUCCGGACUAACUUGGAUCCUCUAGGUCUUUUCUCUGACGAUGAAAUAUGGAAGGCUCUUGAAAAGUGCCAGCUUAAGGCAACAAUCAGCAGCUUACCAAAUCUGCUAGACUCUUCUGUGAGUGAUGAAGGCGAGAAUUGGAGUGCGGGGCAGCGCCAACUCUUUUGCCUUGGAAGAGUACUUCUCAAAAGGAAUAAAAUUCUGGUUCUUGAUGAAGCUACUGCCUCCAUAGAUUCUGCAACAGAUGCUAUUCUACAAAGAAUUAUCAGGCAGGAAUUCUCUGAAUGCACGGUGAUAACCGUGGCUCAUAGAGUUCCAACUGUUAUUGACAGUGACAUGGUCAUGGUCCUCUCGUAUGGGAAACUUGUAGAAUAUGAUGAGCCUACGAAGCUUAUGGAGACAAACUCCUCCUUCUCUAAGCUUGUAGCUGAAUAUUGGUCUAGCUGCAGGAGGAAUUCCUACCAGGAUUUUUCAGCAAAUCCUGAGAAAAAGCUUGCAUUUGGCAUAUAAACCAUGCACAGUAACUUGACAAUGAAAAUUGAAAUGGCCCCAUCAUGUGAUUUGUAAUUGGCUCAAUUGAUUGCAUAAACACAUUAUCCUAAGGCACUGUCGUAGCAGAAUUUAGGACCGUCUGAGAAUAUUGGUAAGAUUCUGUGAUUAUUGAAUAAUAAAAGCAAACUUUAUUAUAAA